CGGAGGAAACGGAAAUGAUUGCAUGGUUCAGUACAAAACUAAGGACAAGUCCUGCAACAUCUUCCCCUGGCAGGACAAGGGGUUCAUGAGCAUGUCCUACGAUCAUAUCGAGCUCUAACCCAAUUGAGUAGUGAAGAACUAGACAAAAAUUUCAAGAACAGUUCCUUUAAAAUAUAAAAUAGAUUAAGUGAAUUUGGAGACAAAUGCGAAAAAAGUUUUAAUCAACAGAUCUUAAAACCAAAAGUUGAGUUUCAUAAUUGAUCUGUACAAUCUGUGAUCAAUGCAUUAAUGAUUGAUUAUAGAUCGCUACACUCUACAGUCCUUCCAGACUCCAGAUCAUACAAACAUUAUCAAAACAGUGCUUCCCGUGUUAAUACAUAAUUUGUAGAUAACUUUUUUGCCUCUUUUCUGAGAAAGUUUAAUUCUUAAAUUAAUUUAAAAAUUUUGAAAAGCAUAUUUCUCAUUUACUCUUCAUCGUUCUCGGUUGUUCUGUGAUACAAUUAAAAUUUCAAAAACCAUAUUUUUAGAGUAAAAGUUCGAAAGUAAUGUUAUGAUGAAAAAAAAUAAAAAUAAAAUAGAACAAAAUCUAAAUUAUGUGUUACAGAUUUUACAAAGUUGUUGAAUUGCAUUUAUAUGCAAUAUAUUGUCGAUAAACUUGUCCUAAAUUAGUCCACGAAGAAAUAGGAGUAGGACCCUGUUAUUCUAAUAUGAAAUAGUCGAUGUAGUUUUCUGUGGUAUCAUGGAGUACUAUGGAUAUAAACUGCCCCCCCCCCCAAAAAAAAAAUGUGAUAUAUCAUGUUUAAGGUCUGAUACUUUGAUACCGUUCAUACAUGUGUCCAUCAAUUGUGCAUUUGCUACUUAAUGUGAAAGAAAAAGAAUCCCAUACAUACGGGGAUGCUCAGAGGGGGGGGGGAAUAAAACUACUAACCCCUCUCCCACGGAAUGUACGCUAUAGGGGGGAGUGACAUUUUCGCUACUGCAGCUGUCCUGGUCACUUUGCUCGCCACUCGGCCCGAAAAAUGUCUAUAUUAACCAACCAUCCUUAAUUGAAAUGUAUGCUUAACAGCAUAUGUGUAAAGAUACAAUUGAUACUUGCCGCGGCUAGGAAAGGCUAGGGGCCGGGCGCAAUCAGUAGCUGUAAAACCACGUUCUAGUAGGUCAGAUGUGUAGUAUAGCGGAUUUGUGUAGGUCGAAAAAUACGGCAGACACCAUCGAUAAGACACCAUUUUUGAAUGUCGUCUUAUUGUAACUUUCACUUCGCCUAUGCCGCUGAAUAUCUUUAAUAUUAAAAUAUUGCAUCAGUCGUGUUGUCACAUGGAACGAGUAUCGACACUGACAAUCGACUUUCUAAUAAAAAAGUGCUAUUACGUCGUUGAAAUUUUAAAUAUGUCGAAUAAUCGUUAAAUAUGUUUCUUGAUGCGAAGUAUGGAAUAACUUAUUGACAAUAAUAAUUUUCAGAUUAAUAAUAUAAGAUUGAACUUUUAAAAAUGUCUGAAGCUCUUGAGUUAAAGAUUAAAGAGCAAGGAGAUAUUGUUCGGAAACUUAAAGCGGAUAAAGCUACUAAAGACCAGAUUGAUGAAGAAGUGAAGAAACUAAAAGCUUUGAAACUGGAGCUUGGAGGAGAUGAUGGAGGGAGUGGAGGGGGUAAACUAAUCCUGAAAACCGCCAAGGGAACCAGGGAUNCCCCACCCUACUAAUUUAUUAUUUUGUUCAAGGUUUUCAACCGAAUUAUUGAAAUCUUUAAACUUCAUGGAGCUGAGACUAUAGAAACCCCGGUCUUUGAACUCAAGGAUGUACUGACCGGAAAGUAUGGAGAAGAUUCAAAGCUUAUUUACGAUCUCAAGGAUCAAGGUGGGGAGAUCCUUGCUUUGAGAUAUGAUCUGACAGUACCCUUUGCUCGCUACUGCGCCAUGAACAAAGUAGCAAAUAUUAAACGAUAUCACAUUGCAAAGGUGUACAGACGUGAUAAUCCUAGUAUUGCUCGUGGUCGUCUUCGUGAGUUCUAUCAGUGUGAUUUUGAUAUUGCUGGCGCUUAUGACCCCAUGCUUCCGGACGCCGAGUGUGUUAAAAUCGUCAACGAAAUCCUUACUUCCGUCAAUGUUGGGAAGUUUGUCAUCAAAGUAAAUCACAGAAUGAUUCUGGACGGUAUUUUUGAGGUUUGUGGUGUUCCUCCCAUAAUGUUCCGAACUAUCUGCUCUGCCGUGGACAAGUUGGACAAGUCUCCCUGGGAGGAGGUCAGGAAGGAGAUGACAGAGGAGAAGGGGUUGGAUGCUGCUGCAGCAGAUAGGAUUGGUGAGUAUGUUCGUAUGUCUGGUGGACAAGAGCUGGUUGAGAAGUUAAAUACUACAGAUCUUAUCAACAGCAAGACCGCUAAACAGGGAUUAGAGGAUAUUAAGCUUCUACUCAGGUAUUGUGAGUUGUACAACUGUGGAGAAUCUGUUUCCUUUGAUUUAAGUUUAGCCCGAGGAUUAGAUUACUACACUGGAGUUAUUUAUGAAGCGGUCCUGGUGGAGGAUGCAACAGAUGCAAGUGGAGAAUCUAUAACUGUUGGUUCCGUUGCAGGAGGAGGAAGAUACGAUGGACUAGUCGGUAUGUUUGAUGCUAAAAACAGGAGUGUGCCCUGUGUUGGGGUUAGUAUCGGAAUAGAACGCCUGUUCUCCAUUAUGGAAGCAAAUCUCAGUAAGGAGUCAACUAAGAUUAGAACUGUUCACACCCAGGUCUGUGUGGUGACUGCACAAAAGAAUUUGACCGAGGAAAGGAUUAAAAUUGUUUCCGAACUCUGGGAGGCCGGUAUCAGUGCUGAGCACUCGUACAAGAAGAAUCCUAAGAUGCUGACUCAACUUCAGUUCUGCGAGGAUUCAGGAAUACCACUGGCCGUGGUUAUCGGUGAAUCUGAAAUAGCUGCUGGUAUUGUUAAACUCAGGGAUAUUAUUUCAAGAGAGGAGGUUGAAGUGAAGCGAGCUGAUCUUGUAUCUACAAUUCAACAACGUUUACAAAAGUCUUAGUUGAUGUGUUCUCAUAACUUCUCAACAGCACUGAAAAGAAGUAUCGGUGAUCAUCACUCAACAGGAUAUUACUUAUCACUAGAAGUGAAAGUUUUGCUAUGAGUUAAUAAAAAAUAACCUGCAUGUUUAAAACAUGUUUCUUAUGCUACCAAAUAGUCUAAAAUCUUGGAAAAUUUACCUCCCAAAGUUAGUUAUUAAUAUUAUGUAAUCUAUACUGCUCAUCUUCUUUAUUAUGUUUUUUUAUUAUACUUUAAUUUGAUUUAAAUAAAACAUGAAUAAUUAA